ACAUAACAAUCCACGUCAUCACAGCGCGACAGCCUGAUCAGCUGGCGGAGCUCGCGCUCUUCAUGCAGCUGUUACGUCACUAAUAAACGCUGCUGCAGGUGUGCACGCGCCGGAAGUCACCUGUCUCCAGCCCUGAUGCACACACGGGCUAGCCGCAGCCUUUAGCCGCGCGGUGCGGCGCGGCGCGGCGCUGAUGGAGCAGCUGCAGCGGCUCCCUCCUGAACUCUGGGUCAGCAUCUUCAGCUACCUGAGCACGGAGGACCGGCACGUGGUGCGCACGUGCUGCAGGUACCUGAAGAGGCUCGUGGACCACCCGUCCCUGUGGCGGGCGGACACGGUUCUGCUGUCCGACCUCCGCCGCUACACCUACGGCUUCUGGGACACGCUGCGCCACCGCAAGCUCACCCGGGUGGCGGUGCGGCACCUGCGGCGCAAAGAGUGGCGGCGGCUGGUCAAGUUCCUGCCGUCACUCACCGCCAUCGUGUUCGUGGACGGAGGCCGGCUGUACCGGGAGAAGUACCUGGAGAACCUGGCGCGGUUCCCCGCCCUGCGGGACUUCGGGGUGCGGAACGCCACCUGGGACGAGCCCAUGCUGGGGCGGAGCCUGAGCGAACAGCUGCGGGACCGGCUGACUCACCUGAGCGUGUGUAACAUCCGGCUCACCUGCACGGUGGAGUUCAUCAACACCGUGUCGCAGCUCGUGAACCUGCGGUACCUGCUGUUCCACCAGCAGGGGGAGGGCUACGGGCUGGACACGGUGCGCCCGGUGCCGUGCGCCGCCUUCCACAACCUGCUGCUGCACCUGAAGAAGCUCCAGCACCUGUCCUGGGGCAUGAGGGGGGAGCCGCCGGAGCCUCUGCCCGAGGACUACCUGAGCCCCGCGGACCCGGAGCAGCCAGGAGCGUUCCGGUACGGCGGCCCGGCUCUGACCAGUCUGGAGCUGGUGGAUUACCCAGAAACCCUCCUGCCGGAGAACGCUCUGAGGAGCCUGACGUCUCUGCGCUCUCUGUCCGUCAGGUACAGGUACAUCAGGGAGGGCGUCGAGUGUCGCCUGCGAACCUGGCUGAGUCCUCUGCAGCAGCUGGAGACGCUCAGCAUCAUCGGUGGGAACUCUCUGGCCGUCUAUACGACCACCAUCCCGUCCAGCGUGACCAGGCUGACGCUGCGUGUCGCCAUAACGCUGAAGGACAUGGACUCCAUCGCGCCGAAGGUGCCGGCGCUGGAGCACCUGGACAUCGAGCAGAACCGCUCCAGCGGCAGCCUGUGCAGACGGAUCCCCAUGUUGUUCCCUCAGCUCCGGACGCUGCGCAUACGGUUUUUCCGCAGAGAACCAGAGAAAGACCUGCUGAGCCUCCACCGGCUGCGUCACCUGGUGCAGCUGGAGCUCCUGGUGGAGCGCUCGUUCAUCCUUAGAGACUACCUGAACGGUCACCCGUGGCCCAGCCCGGGCGUGCAGGAGCUGAUCAACCAGCUCCGAGAGCUGUCCGAGAACCGGAUCACCGUCAUCACCACGAUGCGCCAGAGAAACCAGCUGAGAGAGUGUGACUGUGUGUGGGAGGGGGACUGAAGACAGGUAGACGAGGACGCCGGAGAGGAAGACGAGGACGCCGGAGAGAAAGACGAGGACGCCGGAGAGGAAGACGAGGACGCCGGCGUGGAAGACAAGGAUGCCGGAGAGGAAGACGAGCUUUGACUCCUCCUGAAGCUGAAGACGGAGUCGCCGUCAGAGCUGGAGUCGAUGAAAUGGACGACAGCUGUCAGGUGUCACUGCUGGGUAGAAGUGAGACAGGUGAAGUCUGAAAUCAUGAAUCUGAGGAGACGUGACUGAAGAUCGAGAACGUUUGAGUUCCUUCUGUUUAGUUUUGAAGCCUCAUGUUUCUGUAUUAAUGCAGCACUGACUUCAUGAUCCAUGAUUCUUUGACAUCACGUCAGCUGUUUAAAGGUCCAGAAAAUGAAAAUCAGAAUCAUGUUUUUGUCACCGUUGAUCAUUUUAAAUGUUCAGGAGUCGGCAGCACAGUGCAGCUUUAACCCGCUCACUGCUCUGCACACACGAUGAACUUCAGAGUCCGUCCGUCACUCCACUUUGAUUUCUCUAAAUUAAAAAUUUCUAAAUAUUUCUGAAUAUUAAUUCGUUUUCUCGAUGUCUCGUGAUCACAGUCUUUAAAGUAGUUUGAUGACGACGGCAGUGUUCAGAUGAAGAAACACGACCGAUGACUGACGUGAAUAUUCUGGAUUUAAUCCAGAUUAUUUUUAAUCUGGUUCCAGUUCAUGAUUUUCUGUCCCAGCCUGUGACUGAUGGACCUGCAUGUGUUUGGACUAUCGGCUGGGUUUGGAUCCAGAACCUUCUGUUUCCAUGGUGACGUCCUGAAAGUCUCGUCACGGACACGAGAAUGAAAAAUCAGCAGCAGCUUUAAAAAUGUGCAAACGCACAAAAACAGCUUCACUGGAAGACUUGAAAGACUGUGUGUGUGUGUGUGUGUGUGUUUACAGAGAUGAUGAUUCAGAAUAAAAAGAGUAAAAACUG